AUGAGUUCGACUAAUCCAUCAGGACCCCCAGGAGCCACGUCCGGCGCAACUCCUAAUUCCGUCUCCAAUGCUGCCGGGGUUGUCCCCUCUGGCUCGUCCAAUCAGCAGGCUUCUAUCAAUGGUUCACCCGGCUCUGGUGUCCAGGGGGAUUCAGGAGGCCACUCACAGAUCGCCAGGUCUGGAAACACCUCUCAGCAGACUGGCCAGCUAGGUCAAGUCGGUCACCAGCAGGUUCAGCAAUCACAGCCUCAAUCUCAGCAAUCCCACCAAUUGCAACAGCACCUCCCAUACCCUCAGUAUGCGGGCACAGGCUACUCCACCACGAAUCAACAAAGCACGCCUUCUAGGUCCUACUACCAACAACAGCAGGACUACCAGUACUACCAGCCUCAACAGUAUUACCAGCCCCAAGGUUACGCCCAGCAACAACAACAACAGGCCGCUGCUGCUUCAGCUGCAUCAGGUUCUACUCCUAGUGGGACUAAUCAACAAUACCCUUACUACUCCUACUCCCAAUUGGGUUACCAACAGCCUGUAUACCAGCAGAACAAGCAAGCUUCCAUCAGUGCCACGGCAACUCCACAACAGCAGCAGUCUCAGCAACAACAAACCCAAGGUGCAGUUCAGCCGCAGCCCUCUCAGCAGGCCCAAGCAGACUAUUCAUUCCGUUAUGGCUAUGGUGGCUAUUCUGGUGGUUACCCUGGUGUUUACGGCUCUUCUGGCUCUGUUCCAUUGUACCAGCAGUCUCAGGCAGCGCCAUCAGGCUAUAACACGUCCGUUAUAGUUCAAAGUGGUCAAAUUCCUUCUGUUGGACAGGUUCAGCCUGUAGGGGUACGCCCUAGGAUCACCACUACCAUGUGGGAGGACGAAAAGACCUUGUGCUACCAGGUGGAUGCCAACGGAGUCUCUGUGGUUCGUCGUGCUGAUAAUAAUAUGAUUAACGGUACGAAGCUUCUAAACGUGGCUAAAAUGACCCGUGGAAGACGAGACGGAAUGUUGAAAUCUGAAAAAAUCCGUCACGUCGUUAAAAUUGGUUCUAUGCAUCUGAAGGGUGUGUGGAUUCCAUUUGACCGUGCUUUGGCUAUGGCUCAGAAGGAACACAUUGUGGAUAUCCUUUAUCCUUUGUUUGUCAAGGACAUUGACCGCGUUAUCCAACAGGGCACUCCUACCAAUAACGUUGGGCAAACCCAGAUGUCGCCUCGUGAUGCUAAACGCGAUGAGUAUAAGGAAAAGGAGAAUGCCUAUGACCCAACAUCGGCUUCUACUGGUGGUGCUGGUGCUGGGUCGGUGAGUUCGUCAUACCCAAUUGGCUACUACCAGCAAGCUCAAGCGCAGGCACAAGCUCAAGCCCAAGCCCAGGCACACACUCAAGCUCCUCAGUCUCAGGCACACGCCCAGCCUCAGGGUCAAAUUCAGGGUUCUGAUUCUACCACAUCUGCAACUGCUUCGCAACCUUACGGUCAACAAUUUUUCUACGGAGUGAAUAACUAUAAUCCUCAGUAUGGUUCCUACCAGUAUCCCACCGUUCCGGGUACAACACAGGCUACCCAACCUCAGAAAUAA